AUGGCAGUGGUAUCUACGUCAGCUAACCAAGCUGGCCCUUCGACGUCUCCAGCGACCGAACAGCCUAGCCUGCCUCCACUUUCAGAUCUGUUCGCCCGGUCGUCCAAACGAGCGCGACUGCUAUUCCACAUCGACGACGAUUAUGACUUUGACAAAUUCGGCGAAGCAUCGGCAUUGGAACCGGCCAAGGACCAUCUUUCGUCCAAGAUCAGCUCGGAGUAUGCUGAUGCAAAGAUAUUGCCGCCUGCCAUUUUAGCGCAACAAGCAGCAGCAGCAGGGCCUGCGCGCCCAGGAGCACCCAAUGCGGCCGGCGCAGCAGCGAGACCCGCCAAAAGAAGAGGAGAUGAGACAUACCUAUCAAGACUGAUAGACCAGCUGGAUGGAGGAUCAGCAGCAUCGACCGGGGUUGUUGGGCCGGUGGGGCCUUCAUCUUCUAGUCAAGCGCUUACGAUUCGCAGCACGAAUGGCACCUCGUCCGCAGCGCGACCGUCUUCAUCGACAGCAUCAUCUUCCGCGUUAGCACUUGCGUCACAUCGCGGUGGAUCCUCAGGACUGCUAUCUCAGACUCUUAUCCAGAAGAAGGAGAUGGCGAACCGCAAAGCGAAACCGGCUUUCCAUCCCAACUGGAAGCUCUCGCGUGUCAUCUCAGGUCAUCUCGGCUGGGUACGAUGCGUGGCUGUCGAGCCAGGCAACAAGUGGUUUGCUACAGGUGCAGGUGAUCGUAUGAUCAAGAUCUGGGACCUGGCGUCCGGCGAGCUCAAGCUUUCGCUCACGGGUCACAUCUCACCUGUUCGUGGCAUCGCCGUGUCCGCAAGGCAUCCCUACCUGUUUUCGGCUGGUGAAGACAAGGUGGUCAAGUGCUGGGACUUGGAGACCAACAGAGUCAUUCGACAAUACCGUGGACAUCUUUCAGGCAUCUACUCGCUUGCCUUGCAUCCGACAUUGGAUGUCGUCGUUACUGGAGGCAGAGAUGCAACAGCGCGUGUGUGGGACAUGCGGACACGAACCGCGAUCCAUACACUAACGGGACACCGCGGUACAGUAGCUUCCGUAGUAUGCCAGGACUCGGAACCGCAAGUGAUCUCCGGCUCGAUGGAUGCUACAGUCAAGCUCUGGGACUUGGCAGCGGGUAGGGCAAUUACCACGCUAACUCAUCACAAGAAGAGUGUUCGUGCUCUCGCCAUCCAUCCGACACAGUACACAUUCGCAUCUGGAAGUGCAGGAGGUAACAACAUCAAGACAUGGCGAUGUCCCGAAGGUACGCUUGUCAGCAACAUGGCACACGAUACGAUUGUCAACACCCUGAGUGCGAAUGCUGACGGUGUGCUAUUCAGUGGUGGUGACGAUGGAAGUCUCAAGUUGUUUGACUAUGCCACAGGAACUCCCUUCCAGGUUGCGGAAGAUGUACCACAGCCUGGAUCUUUGGAUGCUGAGGCAGGUGUGUUCUGCUCGACCUUUGACCAGACUGGCACGAGGCUUAUCACUGGCGGUGCGGAUAAAACAAUCAAAAUCUACAAGGAGGUUUGA